AUGUAUCCACUUUCGUUCAAGAUGACUGCGGGCUGUGGUUUUUUGUUGAUAUGGGUAAUAAUGCUCCAUUCUCAAUUCCCAUUUUCAACAGGGUGUUUACAAGAUGAAAGAAGUUACUUGCUGGAUUUCAAGGCUGGGCUUAAUUUGUCUUCAGGUCGGUUAUCCUCUUGGCGGGGAUUCAACUGUUGCGACUGGGAGGGUGUUGCCUGUGAUUACCACACAUCCCAUGUCAUUCGCCUUGAUUUAAGUAAUGACCCUUAUCAGUUCAAACAGCAGUUGACUGGUGAAGUUCGUACAUCGCUGUGUAAUCUGCAGCAUCUACAGUACUUAGAUCUCAGCUGGAAUGACUUCAAUGGUACUUCUAUCCCUCCCCAGCUUUUAAAAUUGCAUAGACUUGAGUUUCUUAGCUUGAAAAAUGCUGGAUUUGGAGGUGAAGUCCCUCUGGAGUUGGGAAAUAUGUCAAGCUUGCGUCAUUUGGAUAUUUCAGAUAACUUCUGGCUAAUUCAAAAUUCAACAUAUGACUACUGGGACGAUGAGCCAUGCUUGAAGAGUAGCAGUUUUGAUGCAUGGGUAAGAAAUCUAAGAAGCUUGGAGUUCUUGGAUAUGAGUAAUGUGAACCUGAGCAUGGCAUCUGAGCACUGGGGUGAUGCCCUUAGCGGUCUUCCCAAUCUUACCCAGAUUCACUUGUCUGACUGUGAGCUCUCAGGUAAUAUUCCAGAUCUCUCAAACCUUACCCGUUUAUCACAUCUGCAUAUAGCUUACAAUUCAUUCCCGGUUCAACUACCCUCUUGGUUUGAGAAUGUGUCCUCAUUGGUUUCAGUUGAUCUGUCCUCCUGUGGUAUAAAUGGUUUCAUCCCUUCCAAUUUCAUGCCCCGCUCAAGAAUGAGCAAUCUUGUGCUUGAUUCUAACUACGGCUUGAAAGGAAACCUUUCUUUCAUGGUAAGCCAUUCUUCCUCACUAGUCGUGCUAUCCCUUAGUCACUGUAAUUUAACGGGAGUGUUCCCCACUUCUAUUGCAAAUUUCUCAAAACUUAUGACCAUGGAUCUGGGGUACAACAAUUUGGAGGGCAGUAUACCAUCCUCUUUUGGCAGCUUAACCUCCCUUAGAUAUCUGUACCUUAAUUACAACCAGUUAAGUGGUCAGAUUCCUCCGUCUCUGUGUCAGCUUCCAACAUUGAGUAGCCUCUAUCUAGGCGAUAACCAGCUGUCAGGAGCAAUUCCAGAUUGCAUUUCAAAGUUGGCCAGUUUAAACGUAUUGUCACUUCUUUCCAGCGGAUUAAGAGGGAACAUUUCACUUCAACUAUUUGAAAAUCUAACCCGCCUUGAACAAUUGGACCUUUCAGAAAAUCAGUUUGUCAUUGACAUCUCUACAAGCUGGGUUCCUAAGUUUGCCCACCUGUAUAUUCUCGAAUUGCAGUCUUGCAAUAUAGAAGGCAACUUCCCUGCAUUUUUGUCCCAGCAGUAUCAAUUGUCCUGGCUAGAUCUUUCAGAUAACAACAUUGUGGGAAAUCUUCCUUCGUGGCUGUGGGAUCUUCCUAAUCUUGAUCUGCUCAAUCUUUCAAAUAACCAACUGGAAGGUUCUCUACCUCGCAAGAUAUCUCAUAGUUUUUAUACAGUGGACUUGCAUGGGAAUAGAGUAUAUGGCUCUCUUCCUGCUCUUGAUUUUGCUGCAAAUGCAUUAGAUCUGUCAAAUAAUGGGUUUAAUGGCUCUAUUCCUACAACAAUUGGGAUAUUUGACACUCUAUCAUUGUCAGGGAAUAAUUUGACUGGAGAAAUUCCAAGUUCUAUAUGUAACAAUUCAGAUUAUCAUAGAGUUUUGGACCUCUCAAAGAACAAGUUGACAGGUAUGAUUCCUUCAAAUAUUGGGCAGUGUUCUGGAAUGGAAAUUUUAAAAUUGGCUCAAAAUGUUUUGCAAGGGGAGAUUCCGAAGGAGUUAGGAAAUCUGCAGAGUCUUCGCACAUUAAAUCUCAAUGGUAACAGGUUGCAAGGUAUUAUUCCACCAUCUAUUGCGAAUUGCACAGAUCUACAAAUAUUUGAUCUAGGAAAUAACAAUUUUGAAGGUAGCAUUCCUGUUUGGAUUGAAAAGUUGACAGAUUUGAGAAUUCUUAGCUUGGCUUCUAAUAAAUUUGAUGGUAGAAUUCCACCCCAGCUGUUCAGGUUGCAAUAUCUUCAAAUUCUAGAUUUACCUGAUAAUCAAUUAUCAGGAAAUAUACCUUCAGAUGUGAGCAAGUUAUGUGCUUUGGUCAAUAAUUCACAAAGUUUUCAUUUACAAUAUUCUUCAUAUUAUCUAGAGGCUGGAAGUUUGGACAGAGAGUAUGGAAUGAAUUUUGCUGAUGAAGUAACAGUUUGGAUAAAAGGAAGGAGAACUCCAUACUCUAAAAUAAUUGGACAAGACAAGUUCAUGGAUUUGUCACAUAAUAACUUGUCAGGAAAUAUUCCUUCAGAAUUGGGGCUCUUGAGAGGAUUAAUUUCUCUCAACAUAUCAAAAAAUAAUCUAAGUGGGGUAAUUCCAGAAUCCUUGGGAGCCUUGACUUAUUUGGAAUCUUUGGAUCUUUCAGAAAAUAAUUUGUUAGGAAAGAUUCCUAUUCAACUUUUAAAUCUCACAUUCCUUGCUGUGUUGAAUCUUUCUGACAACAAGUUGUCAGGGUUAAUACCACAAGGGAAGCAGUUUUCAACCUUUGAGAUUUCUUCCUUUCUAGGAAAUCCUAAUCUUCAUGGACCUCCCCUUGAAAACAGGACACAGAGUCUUGGUUUUGGUAGACAACAUAAUUACAAAGAAUUGAAUAAUACAACCACUGAAAGUGUAGAUGCAGUUGUAAUGGAUCGAUGGUGGGCAGUGGGAGUGGGGUUAAGUUACGGAGUGGGAUUUGCUACUGUGAUUGCAGUGUUGUGCUUCCACAUGAAAUGGAGAUACAUGUGCUUUUCUUUCAUGGAUAAUUUUAUCUAUGACCUUUGUGAAUAG